AUGGAAGAAAUCUUCGCACCUGCCCCGGAGCCCGCCACUCCCUUGGGCCGCUACCGCGUGCUUUCCCCCAGCGCCGGGAUCCGACUAGGCGGGAUGUCCAUCGGCGACAGCUGGUCCAAAUUCAUGGGCAGCAUGAGCAAGGAGCAAUCCUUCGCGCUGCUAGACGCCUUCGUCGCCGCCGGCGGCAACUUCAUCGACACGUCCAACAACUACCAAAACGAACAAUCCGAAGCCUGGCUGGGCGAAUGGAUGACAGCCCGCGGCAACCGAGACCAAAUGGUGAUUGCUACCAAAUUCACGACAGACUACCGCAGCCACGCGCUGGGCAAAGGCAAAGCACCGAAUGCCUGCGGCAACCACAAGCGCAGCAUGUUCAACAGCGUCCGGGACUCUCUCCGCAAACUUCAGACCGACUCUAUCGACAUCCUCUACCUCCACUGGUGGGAUCACAGCACCUCCAUUGAGGAAAUUAUGGACUCGUUGCACAUCCUGGUCGAACAAGGUAAAGUCAUGUACCUUGGGAUCUCCGAUACGCCUGCCUGGAUCGUCUCCGCGGCCAACACAUACGCCCGCGCACACGGCAAAACACCUUUCUCCAUCUACCAGGGCCGGUGGAACGUGAUGCGCCGGGACUUCGAGAGGGAUAUCCUGCCCAUGGCACGACACUUCGGCAUGGCGCUUGCGCCGUGGGACGUGCUGGGCAGCGGCCACUUCCAGAGCGCGAAGCAGAUGGCGGAGCGGGAGAAGAGCGGCGAAGGAUUGCGCAGUGUCUUCGGUGAUAAGCAGACGGAGGAAGAGAAGCGGAUUUCGCAAGCGUUGUCGACGGUUGCGGCCGAGCACGGAAUUGAGUCUGUGACGGCGAUUGCGCUGGCGUACGUGCUCUGCAAGGCGCCGUAUGUCUUCCCGCUUGUGGGUGGGCGCAAGGUCGAGCAUUUGAAGGAUAAUAUCCAGGCGUUGAAUAUUCGCUUGACGGAGAAGCAGAUUCAGUUCCUGGAGCAGGCGACUGAGUUUGAUGUUGGGUUCCCCAAUAACUUCAUCGGGCCGGAUCCUAAGACGACCGAUGGAACGAUGAACUUCCUGGCUGGCACCGCGGGCAAGAUUGACUGGGUGAUGUCACCGCGCGCGAUUGGCUACCAGCUGGGACAAUAA